AUGUCCGACCCGCUCCUCUUCGAAGACACUUUCACGAUCACUGCGAUCAACGCCCAGAAGUACGACCGUGUGUCGCGUCUCACUUGCAAUUCCAAUGAUUCCUCCAUCACCUUCACCCUCGAUGUGAACUCCGAGCUCUACCCCUGUGCGGUCGGAGAGUCUCUGUCUCUGGCUCUGGCUUCGACUCUGUCUCUCGAUGGCAAGGAGGAUAACCGUGCAAGCUGGCGCGAGGUCAGCAUGGGCGAGCAGACACUCGCUAAUGACUAUGACUACGUCUGCCACGGCAAGGUCUACCGAUUUGAGGAGGGCGCUACGAAGGAUACCAUGGCCGUCUUUGUUUCCUUCGGUGGUCUACUGCUCUAUCUGGAGGGACCUUACAAGAAGCUCGCUCCUCUGCGUAUCGACCACGUCUACUUGCUUCUGAAGAAAUAG